CUUGACAAAUCUCCCUUUAAGGUACAUUUUGCACAGAUAAAAAUGUGUGUUAAUCACGAUUAAAUAAUUUAAUCAAUUGACAGCCCUAAUUAUAACACAUGUAUGUAAAUUCAUCUGUCCUUUUGUAACUGUACUUUAACAUGGAGGGAAAUUGUCUUUUCCUUUCUACAUUUUUAAGUUUGGUAUUUCAGAGUGUAAUAUGCAGCAAGAAUAAGUAAACUUUGAACCAAGCUGUGAGUAUCGUCUCUACACUUUCUCAUGUCUGCAGGUUUACAUUAUCAGCCACUUGGUGGUGCCCUGCAGCUUUGCUUUCAGUCUCUUUAUAAGUUACUCGAAUAUGUUUACAGAUGCAAAGAUAGGUAGACACUCCAGAUUCCCAAAUGUAAGCGCACACUGAAAAAGUGAGUUUUAUAUGUCCCGAAAGCCUUUAAAUAGUAGACAUAGCUCUCACUUUCUCAUGUGGAAAUAUUAUUUUCAAAUAAAAAGAUACACACUGAAUUAAUCUGGUUUGUUUAUCAGAGCUUUUAUAAAGAAUACAAAGGGUCAGGUCAGGUGGAUCUCUGCUCCUUUCGAAAGACAUUUCAGCAAACAUGGUAAAGUUACACUUUCUUGGCUUCACCAAGUCUUACCAGUCAGCUGAUCAGCUGUAAACAUCUUAGAGAACACUUGACUUAUACGUAGACGUUUAUUCUAUUUUUAUUGUUGAUUCUCGGUGCUUUUAUACAUACUUAAAUGAUAUUUAUAUACACCUGUUUUCACAUACUUGUGUGCAUAAUAGUCCUGGCUAUUAUUUACCUCUAUUGUUCCAGCUUUGUUGUCCUUGCUCCUAGCUGUUAUAUUUAUUUGUGUACAUUAGAGGGCACAAGAGAGCAAUGCAAAAAAACGGACUCAUAUUCCUUGUAUGUGUACACAUACUUGGCCAGUAAAAGUGAAUCUGAUUCAGAUUCUGAUACAGUUUCUUAGGUCAAAUUAAUUCCCAGGGUAGUGGUGCAGCAAAUCUAACAUUUACUGUUUGUCACCUGCCAAUACACGACUGUAAUUUUGCAAAAGAUCUCACUAAUGAUCUCAUAUUCAACUGUAAUUUAACUUUGUUUGUUUUAUCAGGCCCGGCCAGACUGCAUGUUCUGCUUGCUGUCCCACUUUUUUUCUCUUAACUCGUCUCAGCAGAGUUUGGUAGACCAGAAGAGGAAACGGAUGCAGUUCCUCUCUCCACUGAUAUGGCUGGUGGUCGCCUCAGAUACCCGAUCUUCUUUACAUACAGCGCUCUUCUGCUGCUUGGGAACUCCCUCCUUGAUGUGGAGGCUUCCAGGUGUCAACAUGUCAUCCAUAAAAAAGUUGGAGACACUGUGGAGUUUUCAUCAUGCUUAUCAACUGAAGGGGUCACCAUGGCACUCUGGGAAUAUGGAGGGUUCAUAAUUGCAGACAAAGAUGGGGAUGUUGCUGGAAAACAUCAGUUCACGGGCAGAUUAGAUGUAAACCCCACAAACUUUAGUUUAACAGUGAGAAGACUGACUCUCCAAGAUUCUGGUGAUUUCAAGUUUGUCUCGGAGGCGAAUGACAAACAGAGGGAUACAGUCACCAUCACCCUGCAAGUUCAUGAGCCCAUAACUAAAGAGCCCACCAUCAUUUCCAGUUCCACCUGGCACACCUUGAACGAAUCGUGUACAGUUUUGCUGGAGUGCAACGCAACCACUGACAGCAGUGUCAGCUACAACUGGACCGUGAGGAACCAAAUCAUAAGUGGUUCAAGGCUGCAAUACAUCAUCAAACGUCAGGACGGAGACACCAAAUUCACCUGCACACUUUCCAAUUUUGUCAGUGAGAUGUCAACAAUCAAAACAGUGCAGUGCAACAACAUUACGUCUGGCACACCAGAAAUGGUGUCCAGCUCCUCAUCUCUUGUACCGUGGAUUAUUGGGCCAGUUAUUGGAAUUCUACUGAUUAUUCUCCCGCUGAUCUUGCUGCUUUUCUACACCAGGUCAAAGGAUCCGUGCUGUAAGAGGGUCACCCAGUCUCAAACGGUCAACAAAGAUGCACCUCAACAGCAAGUGUACUCCUCUCUUCUCCAUGGUGAUGGUAGUGUCUAUGAAACAAUAAGAGGCUCUGCAGAUGCUGGAACAGGUGAUGAAUGUACCUAUGAGAAUUAAGAGACUCAGAAGAUGCUGUAAAUGAUUCAUAAAGAAAACUGCACCAUCAACAAAACAAGAGAAGCACAGAUGAAAGCAUAAAAAGGCAUGUUGAGGCCGUUUUUACACAAGUUAUAAUGUAUGUGCAUUAAGCGGAACUCAGAUAGUCGGCUCUAUAACAUGGAGGAAAAAGUGUUUCAUUGUCUAUCUUUUAAAGUUCUUUUACAGUGUUAUACGCAGCAAGAAGUACAUUUUAAAGAAUGCUGUCAGUAAUGUUUUUCACACGGAUAAAAAUGUUCUCAUGCAGGUCUAUAUUUUUAGCCACUUGAUGGUACAGUGUGGUUGUUCCUUCCAGUUCCUCACUGGGUAGUGGUUCUUAUGGUUGAAUAGCAUUGUAGAUGCAUCAGUGAGUGCAUGCACGAUGCAGAACUUAAUGCAUGAGCACAUUUAACUAUUUAAUAUCUUUGGAUAAGAGUGUUUUGCGGAUUAUUUUCAACUAUUUAAAAUGUUUAAUUCAAAAUACUUUUUCCUCCAUUUGGGCAAAUUCCUUGUUGAGUACUUAAAUAUUAUAUUGUAUGUAUGUUGUAACUAUUUGUCUUAUCUUGUAUUUUUUUGGCCAAUACUUUUAUUACAUUGAGAUUAUUUUUAUGUCAGUGAACUAGUUUUAUGUCAGAAAUGAUUGCCCUAACUUGGUAGAAAUAGUAUUGUGAAAUAAAAAAUCUACACUUUC